AUGCCUGACGCAGAGCCCAAAGUGACGAUGCCCGGUGUAGCCGAGGGAAUAAACUUGGUUGGGGUGCCAGUCGGAGCCGAUGUCUCAGCGGAGGACAAGGUGCGAGCUCUUUUCGAAGGGUCCAUGGCCGAGGAGAUUUAUGGGUCCCAGGGCUGGGCCGCCCACCUCUUCCGCAACGACCUCAAACUCAUCUCCGCCUCCGCCCACCCAACCGGCCGUGUCCUCUUCCGAUACACAGUGCAGCCCACCCACUGCAACCGACUCGGCAACCUCCACGGCGGCUGCACGGCGACCAUCUUCGACCUCGCUACCACCUGCGCCCUGCCCCCCAUCGCGGCACCGGGGUUCUGGGUCUUCGCCGGCGUGAGCAGGACGCUGAACGUGACGUACCUGCGCCCGAUCCCGGUGGGCGAGACGGUGCUGGUCGAGUGCGAGGUUGUGCACGCGGGGAAGCGAUUGUGUAGCUUGAAGGGGAGCAUGAAGCGGGAGAGAGAUGGCGCGGUGAUGGCGACGUGCGAGCAUGGGAAGGUGAGUAUCGAUCCGCCGGUAGCCGGGAAGCUCUAG